GGGAAAUGACGGAAACACCCCCGCCUCCUGGUCUGCAAAUUCCAACGCCACACCGCCCCCUCCCUCCUCCUCUUCCUUCCUCGGUCUCAGACUCAUCUGUUCCCCACCUAACCCCACCCCGUCCGCCAUGGCCGCCGGCUCCGGCUCCGACCCCGCCGCCGACUCGCAGCCCCCGCCGCCGAUCCACCACCUGCCGCCGGACGCCCUCCACAACGUCCUGCUUCGCCUCCAGCUCCGCGACGCCGUCGUCUGCCGCCCCGUCUCGCGCCUCUUCCACGACACCCUCUCCCCGCAGUUCCUCGCGCUGCUCCCCACCCUGCGCCUCCUCCUCCUCCGCCACCCGCGCCCCGAAGGCGGCGGAUGCCUCCACGCCUUCGACCCCGCGCGCCGCCACUGGCUCCGCCUCCCCUUCGCCCACUUCCUCCCCUACCACUCCUUCUCCCCCGUCGCAUCCUCCACCUCCCUCCUCUACCUCUGGGUCGAGACCUCCACAUCGCCCUCGCCCCCGGCACCCCUCCCCUCCGCAUCCUCCUCCUCCACCGCCGCCGCGCACCCGCCCAAAUCGCUCGCCGUCUGCAACCCCUUCGCCGGCACCUACCGCCUCCUGCCCCCGCUCGGAUCCGCGUGGGCGCGCCACGGCACCGUCCUCGCCGGCCCCGGCGGCACCGUGCUCGUCCUCACCGAGCUCGCCGCGCUGUCCUACACGCCGUCCGGAUCCGGCAAGUGGAUGAAGCAUCCCCUCUCGCUGCCCUCCAAGCCGCGGAGCCCCAUACUCGCCUCCGCCGCAGCAGCCGUCUUCGCCCUAUGCGACGUCGGUACCCCGUGGCGCAGCCAGUGGAAACUCUUCUCCUGCCCACUCGCCACGCUCACCGGCGGCUGGGCGCCCGUCGAGCGCGCCGCAUGGGGAGACGUCUUCGAGAUCCUCAAGCGCCCCCGCCUCCUUGCCGGAGCCGGCGGUCGCCGGGUCCUUAUGAUCGGCGGCCUCAGGUCCUCGUUCGCCAUGGACGCGCCGUGCUCCACGGUGCUCAUCCUGCGCCUAGAUCUGGCCACCAUGGUGUGGGACGAAGCUGGCCGCAUGCCGCCCAACAUGUACCGCUGCUUCACUGGCCUCUGCGAGGCUGCUUCGCAGGGCAACUCGAUGCCCACUGCCGCUGCCGGUGGCAACAACAAGGUGAAGGUGUUUGGAGGUGAUGGGAAGGUGUGGUUCGCUGGAAAGCGGGUACGUGGGAAACUUGCAAUGUGGGAGGAGGAUGAGACGGGCAUUAGCGGUGGUAAGUGGGACUGGGUGGAUGGUGUUCCUGGCUACAGUGAUGGCGUAUACGGUGGAUUUGUGUUCGAUGGUGGGUUCACAGCGAUUCCUUGAUGCUGCUGGAAAGCGAAUCCUAGUCCGGUGCGUCACUAAAUGAGCUCAAGUUAUUUUAUAUACAUGGGACGUCUAUCUGUUGCAUGCAUGGGAACUGAUAUGCCCCCAAAUUUUAUUUACAAUGUUUAGCAUGAUGGAAACUUCUAAUUGUUGUACUUGAUUAAUGGAAAAGGAACCUUAAGUCGUUUAUUUUGGACAUUGAAAUGCUGUUGAGCAAUCUUCAUUUCUUGAUGAACUGUUUGUUUA